AUUACUUAAGGGUUGACUGCCGUGUCAAGUGUAAAGAUAGUGAGAGUUGUUAAGGUUGAUUUUGGAGUUAGUUGGUGCCCUUAGAGCUAUCAAAAUGAGCUGCUUUACAUUCCUGAAGGUCAUGAUGAUUUUGUUUAACCUGGCCAUAUUUCUUGGAGGAUGUACACUGCUGGGCAUCGGGAUCUGGGUCAGUGUUGACAGUAAAACCUUCCUCCAGAUAUUUGGUCCUAUAUCCACCAGUGUCUUCCAAUUUGUGAAUGUUGGCUACCUCCUCAUUGCCCUUGGAGCUGUUCUGUUCCUGCUGGGUUUCCUAGGAUGCUGUGGAGCUCAGAAAGAGAGCAAGUGCCUUCUGAUCACGUUCUUUUCCAUUAUCCUGAUCAUCUUCAUAAUUGAAGUUGCUGCUGCAGUAGUAGCUUUGGUCUACACAUCACUCGCAGAGACUAUAUUGCAAGGAACAGUGACACAAAUACUACGAGAUGACUAUGGGAAGCCUAAUCCAGUUACUGAAAUAUGGAAUACAACAAUGACCGAACUGAAGUGCUGUGGUCUGUCAAAUUACACAGACUUUAAUAACUCCUAUUACUACAACACAAAUAAAGGGUAUCCAGGACAAUGCUGCAACUCUUCUGUUCCUUGCAACAUAACUGCAGUUGAAGCCAGUCCGGUGAAGGGCUGCUUCUCUCAGUUACUGUAUGAAAUUCGUAAGAAUGCUGGUGUAGUGGGUGGAGUAGCAGCAGGAAUCUGUGCCCUAGAGAUUGCAGCAAUGACAGUGGCAAUGUACCUUUAUUGCCAGCUGGAUGAGAAGUAACUGGAAGAGGCGAAGGAAAGGAUUACCUUGCCACAAGGCAAGCAUAUGAUGCACAUAGCAACACUUUCUUAACCUGUGUCUACAGCAAUCAAACAUUUCUUGGGCCUGAAGCAUGAAUGUAUAAUUAACCAAUUGACUACCAAGAUGGAAUCUGUAGCAUGUACAUGAAUUAAAUUGUGAAAAGUGAUGUGAUAAGAAAAACUCUUGUAACGUAAAGGGCUCUUGUGCUGAAAGCCUGAAAUGGAAAAAAAAGAAAAAAAACCCUAGAAAUGUUUCUGCCUUCUAAAAAUGGCCUUGUCUGAUAUACGGAGUGUGAGGUUUUCUGCUGGCUUUGAUAUUGGUCACCCCGAGUUAUAGGAAAUCUAAGAAUAAGUGGUCCAGAAUGGAACUAAUCUGUUUGAAACGUUCUGGAUUUCUAUGCAAUUGAAAUAUCCAUGUAUUAUCAAUGAGGAAUCAACAUUGUCUUGUUCUUGACAUAAAAUAACAGAUGAGCAAUGGCUGUCUACUGUUGGGGGAAAACAUGGCUGUAAAAAUGAUAGGAGAGGAAAUUACUUUCUUUCUGCUGGUGAACAUGGGCCUGGAGACUUGGCACACAUUUGCCUUUUGUCUUCCCCAGCAUUGGUUUCAUGUGACCUGCUAAGGACUGAAAGGGUGUCUGAUUGAGCUGGUUCUGUGUAAAAGGAUUUCCCUUUGUAACUAAUUCUAUUGUACAUGAUGUAGUCCUCUAUUUUUUUUUAUUGUGUGGAUACAUUUUAACUUAUAAUAAUCUAACUACAGAAUCAUAUUAUUUGCACAUGGAUUGGACUAUUGUAAUAAAAUCUACUUUUUAAUUA